UAAACAACUUUUUUCCUAAAAAAAUUCACAAAACAAACAAUGUUAAUUGAUCAAAAUUUUCACUCAUCUUCUUCCUCAUCAAGUGAAUAUUCAUCACUUUUUCUCAAUGGUGCAAAAACAACACAUGAAAAUCAAACAUUAACACGAUUCCCGAAAAUAGAAGGCGAAGACGAUGUAAUAAGACAAGCAUAUCUUGCUGUCAUAUCAUCGUCCUCGCCUUCUUCAUCAUCUCGUGGACACAUUCAAGAGAAUUUGACACGAGAUCAUCGAUUAGUAACACGAAAUAUGACAGCAUUUACGAGGUUUAGAUCACCCAAUAAUUAUGCAUCAAUAGGUGCAACAAGAUCAUGUAGUCAAAAUAUGUUGAAAAGGUCUAUUACAUUUUUCAAGAACUUGUAUACGAUUAAUAGACAAGAAGGUACUCAAGUGAAUCGCGCGAUGAGUACACAAGUUCAUCACAUGAUCUCAGAGAGAAGAAGACGCGAAAAGCUUAACGAGAACUUUCAACAUCUAAGAUCUUUGCUCCCUCCUGAAACUAAGAAGGACAAAGCAUCAGUUCUUGCUAGUACUACAGAGUACUUAAGUUCAUUGAAAGAUCAAAUGGAAAAAUUAUAUAAAAGGAAUGAAAUUUUGGAAGCACAACUUUUGAUUAAGAAAGAAAAUUCUCAAUUUCAACAAAAUGAAAGUGGAAGAAUAGAUGUUUACAUAACAAAUAUAGAAGAAAAAAUUGUGGAUUUGCAAGUUAUAGCCAAAGGAAAAUACAACACAUUAGAUUUGGUUAUUUGUUUAAUGGAGUUCUUGAAAGUGGCUAGUUAUGUAAACUUGAUGGCUAUUGAUGCAAACACAACAAUGGUUCAUUCAUGUCCACUUACUCGAAUAACCUUAAGACUGAGAACUCAGGGUGAUGAAUGGGAUGAGUCUACUUUCCUGGAAGCAACAAAAAAGGUUAUUGGGGACGUGACAUAAUUAAUUGAUAUUUUAUUUUUAAAAAAAAUUAUAAUCAAUGUUCAUUGAGCAGAGACGAGUUCAGGAUUUAUCGUCACUAAGUUUAUAACAAAUAUAUGAUUCAAGAAUUUAUUAUUAGUAAGUUCAUGAUGAAUAUAUAAUUCGAAUCAGAAGCAAUGUGUUUAAAUGAAUUCUCGAAAAAGCGAAAAAUGAUUGUAUUCAUAUAUGGUGAAAUGAAAGAAUAUUCAAUGUGUUGCCAA